UCACCAUAUUUCAGCAUUCAGUCUUCGGUGCUCUUCUUCCUCUCUUCUACACGAUACCUGUCUGACGCGUCACACCAUCGCCGUCAUCAUCCACCCCCGCGAUCACUGUUCUCCGAGUAUGGAUUUGAUAGUGCGACAGGUACUGCUCGCCCUGAUGGCGAGCAUCAGCAUCGUGCAGUGCGAGCCACCCCUCAGCAAUCAGUACGGCGUCCCCGGAAAUUACGCGGGUGGAAGUCAUCAUGGGGCACAAGGUGGUGGGAACGGAUUCGGAGGCCAUUAUAAUGGGCAUGAUAAUCAAGAUUACGCAGAUAAUGAGCCCAAGAGCUACGAGUUCGGCUAUUCCGUGAAGGACGACGCUACCGGGAACGACUUCGGCAGACGCGAGACAAGCGAUGGCGAGACCGUUCGCGGCGAGUACAGAGUACAAUUACCGGACGGUAGGACGCAAAUUGUCACUUACACCGCCGAUUGGAGAACCGGUUUCCACGCGGACGUGAGAUACGAGGGUACCGCGAGCUAUCCGGAUCAGUACAAUACGCAGGGCAGCGGUGGAAGCGGGUACAACGCCGGUCAGGGUUUCGGCUAUCCAGGAGGAAAUCAGCUGGGUAGCGGUGGAAGCGGCGGAUACGCCGGAGCAGGUAGCACCCAGGGUGGUUACAAUUACCAAUCAAACGGUGGACAGUACGCAAAUAGUGCCAACAACUACAACUAUCAAGCCGGCUCCAAUUCUAUAGAUAGCUAUAACAAUUUCGGUGCGAGGAAUACUUAUUCGGGGAUACCGUCGCCCACUUACGGUCCUGCUUUUCAUUAGAAUAUAUGUAUAAGACAGUAUUAUCAUAGGAUUACCGAUUUUGCGCUUGAGAGUGUAAUCUUUUUUUUUUUUUUAAUAAAGACACUUUUUCUUAAAAAUUUC